AUGCCCGCUGCCGCUGCCGCCGCUGCUGCCGCCGCCGCCCAAAAAACAAAUAACAACUCCAAGAGCGACAUCAAGACCAAGAAGGUGACUGCUUUGGCUGUCGCCGAGUCUCCCAGCGAGGUUGAGACCAAGAAGGUGAAGGAGAUCCUUUCCAAGCUCUCAGCAGCUUCCGAUGCUGAGCGCGAGUCUAUCGCCGAAGAACUCGCCACCAUUGUGAAAUCCAACGGCGUCCGUUCCCUUAAACAGCUCAAUAUCGUUGAUGCCAUUUCCAAGGAUAUCACUAACAAAAAGAAUGUCAAUGCUCGUCUGGCCGCCAUUACCGCUGUUUCUGCGUUCUGCAAUGUCAGUGUGGGAGGUCAGGCUGAACCUUUUAUCCUUCCCUUCUUGCGCAACCUCUUGGAACUUCAAGCCGAAAAGCAAGCUGCUGUCAAGAACGCGGCUCUUGAAACCGCAAAGACGCUUGUGUUGUCCGUGAAUGCCAAUGCCACUGGUAUUGUCGUCCCGAUUCUCUUGGACAACCUUGGCAAUUCUUGCAAAUGGCAAACCAAAAUGCUGGCCUUGUCACUGUUGGAUGAAUUGAUCAAGAAGAAUCCCAAGCAGUUCUUUGUAUGUAUUCCCGAUAUCAUUCCCAUUGUGUCCGAUUGCAUGUGGGAUACCAAGAUCGAUGUGAAAAAGGCUGCUACCGCUACCAUGGGUAAUAUUUGCGCGCUCAUUGAAAACAAGGAUAUUGAGCGUUUCAUUCCGGCUGUCAUUGGUUGCAUCAACCAGCCCGACAAUGUUCCCGAAACCAUUCAUUUGCUUGGCGCCACCACCUUUGUUCAGGAAGUCGAUUCCGCCACGUUGUCCAUUAUGGUGCCUCUUCUCAGCCGUGGUUUGCAAGAACGUGCUACCCCGAUCAAGCGUAAAUCGGCUUUAAUCAUCGAUAACAUGUCCAAAUUGGUCGAUGAUCCCGAAGUCGCCGCGCCUUUCUUGCCUCUUCUGUUGCCCGCGCUUGAAAAGGUUCAAGAUAUGGUGGCGGACCCCGAAUGCCGUGGCGUCGUUCAGAAAGCUUUGGCCACCUUGGUCCGUGUCGGUACUCCCUCGGGCGAGAUCUACACCAAGGAACAAAAAGCCGAAAAAGUGAAUGCCGCUUUCAAGGACUUGUUGCCCACUGACCUUGAUCCUCUGUACAACCCAAUCGUCAAGUACAUCGUAGACAUUGCUUACAACUUGUGUCUCGGCAAGAACUUCUUCAAAGACCAAUGGUUGGCUACGCUGGUUCCCUACGCUAAAGCCUUCCUUUCCGAUGCCGAUGCCGAAAAGCUUACCUCGUCUGCUUUGGACAAGUGCGAAGUCGCCGUGACUCCCAAGGAUGUCGAAGAAGACGAUGAAGAAGGUGAAGAUCUCUGCAACUGUGAGUUCUCCCUCGCUUACGGUGCCAAGAUCCUUUUGAACCGUACCUCUCUUCGUCUCAAGCGUGGUCACCGCUACGGUUUGUGUGGUGCCAACGGUUGUGGUAAAUCCACACUGAUGCGCGCUAUUGCCAACGAACAGGUCGAUGGGUUCCCUCCAAAGUCCGAGCUCAAGACGGUCUACGUGGAACACGAUAUCGACGGUUCCGAAGCGGACACGCCUUUGGUAGAUUUCAUCAUCUCCUCCGAAGGUGUUGAGACCAAGGACCGUGACCAAGUGGCCAAGAUUCUCCGCGAGUAUGGUUUCAGUGAAGAAAUGGUCAACAAGAUGCCCAUCGGUGCUCUCUCUGGUGGCUGGAAGAUGAAGCUCGCCCUCGCUCGUGCCAUGUUGAUGAACGCCGACAUUCUGUUGUUGGACGAACCUACCAAUCACUUGGACGUCGUCAAUGUGGCUUGGUUGGAGAACUACCUCCUUGGUCUGAAAACCGUGACUUCGAUCAUUGUGUCUCACGACUCGGGUUUCUUGGACCACGUGUGUUCCGACAUUAUCCAUUACGAAGCCAACUAUAAGCUCAAACGUUACCGAGGUAACUUGUCCGAGUUUGUCAAGAAGGUCCCCAAGGCCGCUUCGUACUACUCUUUGGAAGCCGCUCAGAUCCAGUUCAAUUUCCCUGAGCCCGGUUACCUCGAAGGUAUCAAGACCAAGGAACGCGCUAUCCUCAAGAUGAAGAACGUCGACUUCCAGUACCCUGGUACGGACCGCAAGCAGUUGAAGAACAUUACCAUGCAGUGUUCUUUGGCUUCCCGUGUCGCCGUGAUUGGUCCCAAUGGUGCCGGUAAAUCUACCUUGAUCAAGUUGUUGACGGGUGAGAUUGAGUCCGAUAUCGGCACUGUCUGGAAGCACCCCAACCUGCGUAUCGCCUAUGUUGCCCAGCAUGCUUUCCACCAUAUUGAGAAGCAUUUGGAUAUUACGCCCAACGAGUACAUCCAAUGGCGUUACGCUACCGGUGAAGACCGUGAAGAAUUGGAAAAGGUCGAUCGUGUGAUCAACGAAGAUGAAGCGAAACAGAUGAGCCAAACCUUUGUCAUCGAUGGCGAAAAGCGUGUCGUUGACGAAAUCGUAGGCCGACGAAAGUUGAAGCAAUCGUACGAAUACGAAGUAUCAUGGGUUGGCAAGUCCUCGGUGGAAAACACGUGGAUUCCUCGUCAGAAGCUCGAAGCCAUGGGUUUCGCCAAGAAGAUUGCUGAAGUCGAUGCUCAAGAAGCCGCCAAACUAGGUUUGAACCGUCCAUUGACGUCCAAGGAAAUUGAGAAGCAUUUGGCCGAAGUGGGUUUGGAACCCGAAUUUGCUACCCAUUCUCGCAUUCGCGGUCUUUCCGGUGGUCAAAAGGUCAAACUCGUGAUCGGUGCAGCCAUGUGGAACCGACCUCACAUGCUGGUGCUUGACGAACCUACCAAUUACUUGGACCGUGAAUCCCUCGGUGCUUUGGCCACGGCUAUCAAGAACUACGGUGGCGGUGUGGUGAUUGUGACUCACAACCGCGAAUUCUCUGAAGCCCUGUGUACCGAAGUUUGGAAGGUCGACAAUGGUGAACUCGUGGCUUCCGGUCACAACUGGGUCUCCGGUAACGGUACCACCGCCAUUGAAGAAAAGGAACAAGAAGACCAGGUCGAUGCUCAGGGCAACACCGUCAAGGCUGUCAAGAAGAAGGAGAAACUGUCUUCUCGAGAACUCCGCAAGAAGAAGAAGGAGCGCAUGGAACGCAGAAAGCGCGGUGAAGAAGUCUGGUCCGACGAAGAUGAAUUAUAAAAUAUUUUGCGUAUUUUUUUUAAGCCAUCUCAAAGUUAUCAUGUAGAAAAUCCAUCUUGUCUUUAUGAUAGUUCAUCUUGUUCCAUAAAACUUCCAUCGACUUCAUCCUUUGCCACCCAAAAUAUCACAUCAUGCCACAGUUUUAACAAUAUUUCAAGAGACGUGCUAUAUCUAUUUUUCGUUUGUUUGCUUUGAUGCAGCGGACCCAAAGUUCGUCCGUCCUAUGUUGGACAAUCGAUAAACUGGGUAUC